CUGCGCGCUGCCGCACAGACGUCUACCGCGUUUCGAGGCAGACGUUACGUUCCAACGUUCGGCGCGCAAGAAUCGCCAUCCAUCAGCUCGUAGAAAGUCGCGCCUGCGCAGCAACUUAACACAAGAAACCUACAAAAAUCCCAAGAUAUAUGACAAACAAGAGAUCAUAAUAGAAGUGUUGGAAAACAGAGUGCCAGACCACAGCAUCAUGCUGCCCAAGUGCAAUCAAAAUGUUGUCCUCUUUUGACUCUGCGGUUGCGCCUUCAGCUUAAGUUCAAGUUUCUCCUACCCCUUCAGAUUCCAAAACAACGUAAAAAAACUGCCUUGUGUUCUCUGCAUAUCAAAACGCAAAAGUGAAAGUGAGUUUUCGGUGUUGCGGUGCGUGUGAGUGUGCCCCUUGAAUGACAAAUAUUGAUAUGGUACAAUGAAAACCAGGCAAUCCAAGGCAGCCAAAUAAGCGUCGAGAAGAGAAACUAUUGCAGAAAGAAGUACAAUUUUUAUUUGUGAACCUCUGCCCAUUUGGAUUACGGAGAGUUGGCGAGCAGCGCAAGGAUACCCAGCGGGCUUGGAAUACAUCUAGCACACAGCGCUAUCAUCUACAGACCUUUGGAUUCGGAUAUGGCUGCCAACGAGAUUAUGACACCCACAGUCAAUGCGAAUUGUCAAUACUCGACCAGAUAUUGUUGGGAGGCGGAAAAAGUCAAAUCAUUGAUCAGAUUGCGGGCGGAACUCUCGCCCCUAUUCACGGGCAAGCGAAAUGCCUCCAAAUAUGCCUGGGCCGUGGUGGAGCGGGAGCUCAACGUGCCGCUGCCGCUGUCGAAGAUCAUCAAGAAGUGGAACAAUCUGCUGCAGGAGUACAAGGCCAUCAAGAUGUCCGAGGAGCCCAAGAGGCGCGAGUGGCCCUUCUUCACCCUGAUGGAUGUGUACUUCAGCGACCAGGUGAACGAUCCCUCGCUGCGUCUCUUCUCGUCCACAAAGACCUUGAAGGAAACCCUGGACGACAGCGUCUUCGAGGAUGAUCCAAUCAUAGCCUCGGCAAUUGCGGCGGCCACCAGUGGAGCCUACAUGGACAUCGAUGAGCUGAUCCGGCGGCAGAAGGAGCGUGCCGCCCUGGCCGCCGAGCGGAAGCUGGCCGCCGCCGCCAGCGGAGCCUCCGGGGACUACAAAUUCGAGCUGAAGCCCAUGCUCUCCAACAGCAAGUUCAACAGCAACAGCGACAUGGCCAAGCUCUCGAAGAGCGUCGAUGAUCUCUCCAUGCAGCAGUACAAGCUCAAGCAGGAGCUGAUGCGCCAGCGCGAGCAGGAGCAGCAGGAGAACAUGGUCAAGAUCAAGCAGCACGCACGCCAGCAGCAACAGCAGCAGCAACAUCAACAGCAGCAGCAGCAACAUCAGCACCAGCAGCAGCAACACCACCAGGCCCAGCAGCAGCGAUUCCUGGGCCACCAGCCGGCCCUGUCGCCUCAUCCCCAUCGCCUGUCGUCCUCGUCGACGCCGCCGGCCUUGCAGCACGCUCUGCAACAGCAGCAGCAGCACAUGUUGCAGCAGCAGCAUCUGCAGCAACAGCUGCAACAACAGCAGCAGCAGCAUCAGCAGCAACUGCAGCAGCAGCAGCAGCACCACCACCAACUCGCUCACCCCCACCAGCCGCCCACUCCGCGCCCCAGCUCGCCACCCACCACGGCGCAGCAGAUCCACAUCACGGCCACCCAGCACCAGGCCGCCCAGCAGCAGCUCCAUCAGCACCAGCAGCAGCAGCAGCCCUCCCACAAGCAGCAGCAGUCCUACACGGAUCCCAACACCAUCGACCAGUACCUGCUGUCGUGGAACAACUUCCAUGGGAACAUGUGCCGCGGCUUCCACUCCCUGCAGAAGGACGAGAAGAUGGUGGACGUGACCAUCGCAGCCGGCGGCAAGAUAUUCAAGGCCCACAAACUGGUCCUUUCCGUUUGCAGUCCCUACUUCCAGCAGAUCUUCCUGGAGAACCCAUCGAGUCACCCCAUCCUGCUGAUGGCCGACGUGGAGGCCAGCCACAUGGCCGGUCUGCUGGACUUCAUGUACAGCGGCCAGGUGAACGUCAAGUACGAGGACCUGCCCGUCUUCCUCAAGGUGGCCGAGGCCAUGAAAAUCAAGGGGCUGCACACAGAGAAGAACCUGGACAGCGAUGCCAGCGAUAUUAGCUCGCCCCACGAGAGCGACGGCACCGAGUGCCGCUACGAGCGCGGAACGCACAGUGUGAACAUCACCAGCGGCCAUGCCGCCGGCUAUGGUGGCGGACCGCCCCCGCAGCAGCCCUCGCCGUCGCCCUCGCUCAACGGACCCAACCGCUGCCCCACGCCCCUCUCCAGCGGCGGCUCCGGAAACCCGAACUACUCCAGCUUCCGGGACCACAUCAAGUCGAAGGCCACGCUGGCCGAGACCUUCAUGAAGAAUCUCAACCGGAACAACAACAACAACAGCAGCAGCAACAACUACAACCAUUUGGGCGGCAGCAACGGGAGCCUGAAUCUGUCGGAGGCGGAGAGCAACUCCUUCGCCAUCCUGCAGGCGAACAGCAAGAAGAUGCUGGACUCGGCCCGCAAGCAGCACAAGUAUCUGGCCAAGCGCAAGAUCCUGAUGCACUACAACUCGGAGCUGGGCGGCGAGAAGCGGUUGAAGGAGAUGGGGGAGCGGGAUCGCUACCCGAGUGCCGAGCAGCAUGACGACGCCCUGAACAACAACCACAGCCACGCCCAGGACAACAUUAUGGAGCCCAUCAUCACGACGAUUGUGCCACAGACACCGCCACCGUCCACGCACAACAACAACUUCAAGAUCCGUCUGGUGGAGAGCCAUCACCUGACCAACAACAACCAGAAUCCGAGCCAGAACCAGAGCAACAACAACAGCAGUCCGCAGUCGGGGAACAACAAUUGCCACAACGACGACAACGAUGAGGAGGCACUGAAUCUCGUCCAGAUACCCAAUGCGAAUGGCAGCAGGAACCGCGAGCAGACGCCCACGUGCGCCACGCCCACGCCCGACAUCCAGCUGAUCAAGCGGGAGGUGGAGACGGAGCUGCCGCCGGCGGAGAUUGCCCACAACAACAAUGGACACGCGGAUGAGGAGCUAACUGGAGCAGGCUACGAUCGCAAGUACGAUGAUAACAACAAUAACCGCGGAUCGGACAUGGAAACGGACUCGAACAACAACAAUAGCAAGCCGGGAUCGGACAACAAUAAUGGUAUAGCCUUGGCGCUGGGCAAGCACAAGCUGCUGAGUGCGAUUAACAGGAGUCUGGAGCAGGAUCUGGAGCGGGAAAGGGAGCGGGAUCAGGAUCAGGAGACAGACCACGGUGGCAACAACUGCAGCAACGACGACAACAACAAUCACAGCCCCCACCUGGACCUGAGCACCAUCAAGAACAUAGCCACCGCGGAGAUCCUGUGCGGAUUGAAGAGCAAGGUGCUCAAGCUGGAGGAGGAGCAGCGCGAGCGGGAGCGAGAACGGGAGCGGGAACGGGAAGCCUGCCGCAGCCUCAGCGAGAUCAAGAACGCCGAGUGAUCCCCCCAAUCGAAGCCCCAGACAAUUAUGCAUUUGAUUAGAAACCCCACAACAUAGAGAGAGGAUUCCAGUUCUAUGUUUUGCUAAUUAUAGUUAUUUAUUAUACCACUUAAUAUCGUUAAUGUAAUUGUAAUGACCUGACCCCACAUGAACAUUGGUUAGUUUGGUAGGCCUAGCAUUCUCCCAGCACACCAUUUAGAAUCCCCCUAGCAGCUAAGACUCACGAAUCAUUAACGUAUCGCAGAUCGCAGAUCGCAGAUCGAAUUACAAAUUUAAUAUUAGCACUUUGGAAAUUGGCCCUGUUGCAAUACGAGUUAAGCCCCAUGUUAAACAUAUUGAUAUCGUUUAAUUAUGUAUGUGUAGAGCAGUAUGUUGUAGACUAAUAAUGCCCACGCAGAUGAAGCACUUUCGAUUUUCGGCCAGCGGCGAUCCGUUCUUACAUUAUUUAUACACACCUACCACACAUCGCAUCGUACGACGACGAAUGUAUCUCAACACGAAUCACGCAUCCCCACUCACCCACACACGCAUACAUUGCACCACAUGCCCACGAGUAUAGUAAUGACAGCGGCCCCAUUCAGAGCCAGGUGUACGUGCCACUGGAACGCAAUGGGCCGCCUGCAAAGGAUCAAAAAGAAAGGAACAAUAUAUGUAUCUCGUUUUUAGUUUUAACUUGCCAGACCUUUUGAAUGAGCACUCAGCCAACUCGGGUUGCCCGGCGAUCGUAGCUAACUCGGCGCCUUCGUGACUUUCACCCCGAAGCGGUUCCGGAUCUUGUUAAUUGUUGUAUGUACAUGCCCAUGUGCCUGGAACCCAGACCCAAAAACAAAAAGUAAAUAAAAAUCGCAUGACAUUCGGCACCACGAGCCGCACUCAACGGCCGAUCGACCAGAAUCAAACAAUGCACAGUGUAACUCGUACAAUAUUUAUUCAACUUCUUUACAUUUAGAAAACAAACUUGUGUAAUGUUUUUGCUGUUAAACAUUUUUAAAUUUUAUUGUAAAAGAAUUAAUGAAUGAAUAAAGAACCCAACACAUUCAA